AUGACAUUGCAUUGGAAAGAUGAUCCAAAACUACUAAAACAAAUAUGUCUUGUUGAUAUUAAAACAGAACCAAAUCCACAAUGGAUCAUGAUCAUAUGUGGAAAUCAAGAAAAUCUGCUAAAAGCUUUUGCUUUCUACUGGCGAACAUUUAUCUCUGACAUUCUAGUUGGAUUUAACGAUUCAGACUAUAAUUGGUGUUUCAUUAUGAAAAGAGCCUAUCACCUUAACAUAAUCAAAUGGAUUGGAAAUACUGUGAAAAAGAUAGGAGAGAAUUCUAAAAAUGCUUUGAAGGCAAAGAAUGUUAUUAAGUAUUUUGAAAAAAGUGGGGAGGAUCUGAAAAAAAAGAAAAAUAUGGGUGAUUCAAUUAAGAUCAAAAUUAGUGCAGAAGAUGAUUUUACUUCUAGCUUUCUUAAACUGCCAGUUGAAAAGAAAAGUUUACUUAAAUUUUUCUUACAAAAGUGUGGUCUUGAUAAUAAGGCUGACAUGCCAUAUGAUAAAAUACGCAAUGCAUUAUCAGGAGCUAUUGGUAUUGAAAAGGAAAGGUCAGUAACUGGUCUAGAUUUUAUACCUUUAUAUCCUAGCCUUAUCAUGACAAAUAACCUUUCUCUGGAAAAAUUUAUAUUAAGUUCAAAGGAUGCUGACAUUGCACAAAAAAAUGGGAAUACCUACAUGAGAUUAGCUUUUCAUUCAAUAAGCGUGACAUCUAUGCUUGAUGCGUUCACCAUGAUAGCUAAAUAG